CCGACGAGGCGCUUUCCCCUUCCUGUCAACCACCGUUCGCUUAACGGACUGAUGGCGCUUACGAUAUUGGUCAUUUGCCUCCGUUUCUUGCAGCAGGCUUUUCUCGAGCCAUAUAUUCUCGCUUUCCAGUCAUCUCAACCUCAUUCCGUCAAUAUACUGCCUAUCCAAUUAGAACGGCAGCCGCAUUUAUAGGAUUUCUUCAGACCAUCUGCUGUAAAUCUUUCACCCAAGCAUUUAUAAGAUGAGCCGAAGCCUAGCCAUCCAGCGGGCGAGCUCGGUGGGAAACGCUGACAGCGACCUCAGCGAAGGCAUGGCGGAGCUUGAGCUACAAAAGCUGCAACGGCAAUAUAGAAUAAUGGAGGGCGACCGCAAAGCAUACAGCGAGGAAUCUCGGCUGCUCAUUACCAAGCAGAGGGGGAACAUCGAAAAGCUAAAGCGAGAGAACCAGUACUUGGUCGAUGAGUUGGCGCUUCUGCAGGAACGAACGAACGACCGUCGUCGAUCAAGCGUGCAGUCGAAAAAGAUCGAGGCGAUGGCCGAGCAAGCUGAUGUGUACAAUCGCAAAAUCCGUGCUAUCCUUACGGACAUAUCAGAGCUGGACGAAGCGAUUGCAAAUAUGGACAGAGACAUUGACCAACAACGGGCACAAUUGGGAGGCGUGAACGCCGCAUAUGAGAACAGUGAAGCUAUCGGGAAGCAGAUAAAGGUUCUAGAGAACCGACUUGACAAAGCACUAGUGAAGUUCAACAAGUCCCUUGCGGUGAAUAAGCGAAUGCGGCAAACGAUUGACAACUUGCGGCGAGAGCGGCUGGUGUUCGAUAACAUUUACAAAAAGUUCGAGCGAGAACUUGCCGAGCAGAAGAAACAGAUGGCGGAUAUCAUCGAGGCGAGCAACUCCGCCUAUGAAGCACGAGAUGAAGCGCAGGCACGAAUCAUCGCCCUUCGAGAGAAAGCGGACAAAGAGCAUCAGGCAUAUAUACAGGAGAUCAAAGAGCUAGACCGGUCCCUGGAGCAGGACAGGCGGCUCAAGGACUUCAUGGCAACCAAGGUGGCUGACCGACAGCCAGCGGACGGCUCUCUCGGGCACACGCAUGGUACCGAUGGCACCGGAAAGGACAAGAAAAAGAAAGCAGACAAAGGAGCGACCAAGACUCGCUUCGGCUCCCAGGAAGCGCUCAACGACUCCUUGGAAACCUACAACGUCGCAUUCGCCAAGAUCCAGGUCGAGACCGGCGUUUCCUCUAUCAAGGAACUAGUCCAACGAAUGAAGGUGGUCGAGGACGAGAACUUCUCCUUGUUCAACUAUGUGAACGAGGUGAACAACGGCAUCGAGAGGCUUGUGGAGGAGAUUGUGGAGAUUCAGAAGAAGAUCGAUGCGCUGAAAGUGAAGAAUGUUGAGGAGGAGGAACAGAUGGCUGGGGAAUUGAAGGGGCUGGAGGUCCAACUGAAUUCAUGCACCGAGAAAUACGAGACAUACGAAAAGCAGUACUCCAAUAUGGUCGAGGUCAUCACCGACCUGCGGAAGGGUGUCGAGCGAUUGGUUACGUGCUUCGACAGCGUCCUUUUGCCAGUCACGCAGAAGAAGCUAUCAGAAGAGCCCGCCGCGGACGAAAGACCUGCAGAAGGCGGGGCAGACACCGCAGAGGGAGGCGAGCAAUUUGUUGAGGAGACUGCAAAGGGAGACGAUGGCAAUGUACCUUCCGACGGCACAAAAACACCCGCCCGUCGUGCCGCUGAAGAAGUGACGAGUGCACCCGCCGAACCCACCACACCCGUCCCCACCUCCGUAUCCGACCACAACCUCCUCUAUUUCCUCGGCCACAUCGAGCAAAAGACGAACGAGCUGCUCAGCCUGCACUACCUAGUGAAUGCGCCAAAGAAGAGCGGGUCGGCGGCCGCGCCGGACAGGGGUGUCAGCGCGGGAGUGGAGGGCGAGAGGGAGACGGCGUUGAGGCGAGACGGAUCCGUGACGUUCUCUGCGCCGAUGAGUGCUUCUGGACCAACCGGGUCGGCGGGUACGAUGAGGGAUGCGGUGACGCCGGUGGUGGGUGGUCUCUUGGGACAUGGCCCGACUGCACCAAUAGGCAAUAUCACGAUCGUUCCGCCAUCUACCGGUGAUGAUCAUGACGACGAUCUGAUUUCCGAUGACGAUGACCGACCGCUUACUCGAGAGGAGCUUGAGAAGAGGACAUUACGCGGGCUAUCCAAGCGUGAAAAGCAGCAAGGAGUUGCAAAGGAAGGCGCCAGACACAAGAGGAAAGGCAACGUAAAACGAAGCGCUGUCGCUGCGGAAUAAAGCGUCUCGCAUUCCGUACCAGUAUGUGGUACACUUUUGAUUCGUGAGGGGUUGUAUUUGCGGUACUUGUGGGUGGAGGUCGAGGUACACAAUCAAGUACGCCGGCACAGUGCGACGGAGGGAAUAAAAAAUAAAAGACUGCUGGCUUUGUCUCAGAGCUGUUUUCGCCUUUCCGAGGCCAUAUCACCUUGAU